AUGUCAAGUCAACUUAAUAUACCGGGACCUGGAGAAUACAAUAUUGAAGAUAAAAACCAGUUAAACAAGAUAUCUUCAAAAUAUGGUUCUUUCGGUCCCAUACCUAAGCGAAGGUUGAAUCUCAGCUUCAAAUCACCAGCUCCAAAUGCAUACAAUUUAUCCUCUUUGAAAAUUAAAGAUCGCCAAGAUUUCAAUCGUGCGCCUUUCACAAGAGCCUUUCUACCAAACAUUGCUAUUAAAUCUGAUGAGUAUGAACAGCAGCAACUCCCAGCACCUUGUGACUAUCAGAGGAUAGAAAAAAGUACCAGCGCUAAGGUUGGUAUGGCAGUGUUUAAAUCGAAUUGUGGAAGACUGUUUGAUUUGCCUCAAUCAGCAACCCAUAUUCCGGGACCAGGUUAUUAUGAAAUCAACUUGAAACGAAAGGAAUCUAAUCUACCUCAGUCAGCUUUUGCAUCUAAAAGUGGUCGUUCUGCCCUUAAUAUUAAAACCGAAUAUCCUGGACCAGGUACGUAUAAUUUGGACAGUCGUUAUAAUAAGAACAACAAUAACAAUUAUUCAACAUCGAGAAUUAUAAAACCAUUGCCAAUAAAAUUGAAUUCUUCAAUUGUGAAUACAAAAAUUGUAUCUGGAAGUAAACAAGAUUAUCCAGGACCGGGAGCAUAUAAUAUUUCAUCAAAUUCAAUACCGAAACACUUCAUGUCCAGUUCAGUUUUUCUAUCCAAUGUACCACGUUGGAUAAUGCCAAAUGUUCCAGUUGCUUUGGGUAUUGGUGAUAUGGUUGUCAAUGGUGGAUCAGUAACUUGUGCUGGUGGAAUUGAUGCUUUCCGUAAUCCUGGACCAACAAAGUAUAAUCCAAAUCUACCACAUAAAACGUCAUUUCAUUAUAAUAUUAAUAACGAUUGGGUGUAUUGA